AUGCGGAACAAUCUGGUUUUCAGUGGUAUUCCGGAAGCUACAAGCGAAUGCCAAGAAGACACAGAACCCAAGGUGGGAGGCUUUAUUCACGAAAAAUUGAAGAUCGCAAAGGACAUUGUAGACAAAAUAAGCUUCGAGAGGGUACAUAGAUUGGGGCCUCAGCAUGAAGGUGAAGGUAAACCCAGGAGUAUUGUAGCGACGGUCACGUUGUUUAAAGAGAGGGAGCUCGUACGGCGCCAGGAGAGCGCGCUGAAGGGUACCCCGUUCUAUGUAAACGAGCAGUUCCCAAUGGAAGUGGCCGACAAACGCCGAAUGUUGGUGCCACGUAUGAAGUAG